UGUUGCUUCUUCACAGCCAACGACAAUACAUCUUUGAAUUUGACAAGAACGACCACCUAUCCUCCGUGACCAUGCCCAACGUGGCCCGGCAGACUCUGGAAACCAUCCGUUCCAUUGGUUACUAUCGUAAUAUCUACCGGCCCCCCGAGGGCAAUGCCUCAGUCAUCCAAGACUUCACCGAGGACGGGCACCUCCUCCACACCUUUUAUUUGGGCACAGGCCGGAGGGUGAUCUAUAAAUAUGGGAAGCUGUCCAAGCUGGCCGAGAUGCUGUAUGACACCACCAAGAUUGGCUUCACUUACGAUGAGACAGCAGGCAUGCUCAAGACCAUCAACUUGCAGAACGAAGGGUUCACAUGCACCAUCCGCUACCGGCAGAUCGGUCCCCUGAUUGACCGCCAGAUCUUCCGGUUCACAGAGGAAGGGAUGGUGAACGCCCGCUUUGACUACAACUAUGACAACAGCUUCCGGGUGACGAGCAUGCAGGCUGUGAUCAAUGAGACCCCGCUGCCCAUUGACCUCUACCGCUAUGAUGAUGUCUCAGGAAAGACCGAGCAGUUUGGCAAGUUUGGGGUCAUUUACUAUGACAUUAACCAGAUCAUCACCACAGCGGUCAUGACCCACACCAAGCACUUUGACGCCUACGGGAGGAUGAAAGAGGUCCAGUAUGAGAUAUUCCGGUCCCUCAUGUACUGGAUGACCGUGCAGUAUGACAACAUGGGACGGGUGGUGAAGAAGGAGCUGAAGGUGGGGCCGUACGCCAACACCACUCGCUACUCCUACGAGUAUGAUGCCGACGGACAGCUCCAAACAGUGUCGAUCAAUGACAAGCCCCUCUGGCGUUACAGCUACGACCUCAACGGGAACCUGCACCUGCUGAGCCCCGGGAACAGCGCCCGCCUCACCCCGCUAAGGUACGACCUCAGAGACCGGAUCACCAGGCUGGGUGAUGUCCAGUACAAGGUGGAUGAAGAUGGCUUCCUGAGGCAGAGGGGCAAUGACGUGUUUGAGUACAACUCGGCAGGCCUGCUCAUUAAGGCAUACAACCGGGCUAGCGGGUGGAGCGUGAGGUACCGCUACGACGGGCUGGGGAGGAGGGUGUCCAGCAAGACCAGUCACGGCCACCACCUCCAGUUCUUCUACGCAGAUCUGACCAACCCCACCAAGGUCACCCAUUUAUACAACCAUUCCAGCUCGGAGAUCGCAUCCCUCUACUAUGACCUCCAGGGUCACCUGUUCGCCAUGGAGCUCAGCAGUGGAGACGAAUUCUACAUCGCCUGUGACAACAUCGGGACCCCGCUGGCGGUAUUCAGCGGGACCGGCUUGAUGAUCAAGCAGGUCUUAUACACUGCUUACGGGGAGAUCUACAUGGACACCAACCCAAACUUCCAGGUCAUCAUCGGCUACCACGGGGGCCUCUAUGAUCCACUCACCAAGCUCGUCCACAUGGGAAAGAGAGAUUAUGAUGUGCUGGCGGGUCGGUGGACCAGCCCGGACCACGACAUGUGGAAGCGCCUGAGGGGCAACAAUAUCAUGCCCUUCAACCUCUACAUGUUUAAAAACAACAACCCCAUCAGCAACUCUCAGGAUAUCAAGUGCUACAUGACGGAUGUCAACAGCUGGCUCCUUACCUUUGGAUUCCAGCUGCACAAUGUGAUUCCUGGAUAUCCCAAGCCAGAUACAGACACCAUGGAGCCAUCCUAUGAGCUUAUCCACACCCAGAUGAAAACCCAGGAGUGGGACAAUAGCAAGUCCAUCCUCGGGGUGCAGUGUGAGGUGCAGAGGCAGUUAAAAUCCUUCGUCACCCUGGAACGGUUUGAGCAGAUCUAUGGUUCUCACAUCGUCGGCUGCCAGCAAUCCCAGGAGACAAAGAAAUUCGCCUCCAGUGGGUCUGUCUUUGGCAAGGGAGUAAAAUUUGCCAUGAAAGAUGGUCGAGUGGCCACCGACAUCAUCAGCACCGCCAAUGAGGAUGGUCGGAGAAUCGCCGCCAUCUUGAACAAUGCCCACUACCUGGAGAACUUGCACUUCACAAUCGAGGGGGUGGACACACACUACUUUGUGAAACCAGGGCCCUCAGAGAGUGACCUGGCCAUCUUGGGCCUCAGUGGGGGGCGGCGGACCCUGGAGAAUGGGGUGAAUGUUACAGUUUCUCAGAUCAACACAAUGAUCAAUGGAAGGACUAGACGCUAUACCGACAUCCAGCUGCAGCACGGGGCGCUGUGUUUGAACACCCGCUACGGGACAACCCUGGAUGAGGAGAAGGCGCGAGUACUGGAGCUAGCCAGGCAGAGGGCUGUGGGCCAGGCCUGGGUCCGAGAACAGCAGAGACUACGGGAAGGGGAGGAGGGCAUCCGCUCCUGGACAGAGGGGGAGAAGCAGCAGGUGCUGAGCACCGGGCGGGUGCAAGGUUAUGACGGAUACUUUGUCAUCUCGGUGGAACAGUACCCAGAACUGGCCGACAGUGCCAGCAACAUUCACUUCAUGCGACAGAGUGAGAUGGGCAGAAGGUGACAGAGAGGGUCCGAGCGUUAACUUCUUGCCAAAGACAGCUACUCUCUUGUGGCCACUUACCUGACUGUGUUGUAUUCGGGG